AUGGCUAUCAACAUUCCUGGUUUGAUUUCUAUCAUCAUUUUUUACAUUAUCGUCAUGGUAGUAGGGAUAUGGGCUAGCCGAAAAAAGAAGACAUCUGGUGGUAGUGUAGAAAGUGAAGAGGUGAUGCUAGCAGGAAGAAAUAUUGGAGUUUUUAUAGGAAUUUUUACAAUGACAGCCACCUGGGUGGGAGGAGGUUAUAUUAAUGGAACAGCAGAAGCCAUCUACAGUAACGGUCUUGCUUGGUGUCAGGCUCCGUUGGGCUAUUCACUUAGUAUUGCACUUGGGGGUUUAAUGUUUGCUAAGAAGAUGCGAUCACGGGGUUACAUAACUAUGCUAGACCCUUUGCAGGAGAAUUUCGGAUCAAGGAUGGGGGGACUGCUUUUUCUUCCUGCUCUCUGUGGGGAGAUCUUCUGGUCUGCAGCUAUUCUUGCAGCGCUUGGAGCUACUAUUAGUGUGAUCAUUGACCUCGAACCGAAUACGUCCAUCAUUGUAUCAUGCUGCAUUGCUGUUUUUUACACACUCAUUGGUGGCUUAUACUCGGUUGCUUACACUGAUGUUAUCCAGUUGUUCUGCAUCUUCAUAGGUCUGUGGCUAUGCAUCCCCUUCAGUUUCUUACACGAAGCUGUUGGUGACAUGUCUUUGAACUCGACCGAUUGGCUGGGGUCGGUGAAGCUGUCAGAUGCUGGUAUAUACAUCGAUUACUGGUUCUUAUUAAUUCUAGGAGGAAUUCCUUGGCAGGUGUAUUUUCAGCGGGUUCUUUCAUCUAAGAGUGUCUUCAAGGCUCAGAUGCUUUCUUACGUAGCUUCUGUUGGUUGCCUACUGAUGGCCGUCCCAGCUGUUAUGAUUGGAGUCGUUGCUAAAGCAACAGCUUGGAACGAGACAACUUAUGGUUUGCCUCUGACGAAAGAUCAGAGUUCUCUGGUUCUCCCUCUGGUGUUACAGUAUCUUACUCCUCCAGCAGUCUCGUUUUUUGGACUCGGUGCCGUUUCUGCUGCUGUCAUGUCAUCUUCAGACUCUUCCAUUCUUAGCGCCAGUUCCAUGUUUGCCCAUAACGUUUACAAAUUAAUAUUUCGCCAAAAUGCAUCAGAGCGAGAAGUAAUAUGGGUUAUCAAAAUUUCUAUUCUGAUUGUUGGAGCACUAGCUACAGCUAUGGCGUUGAUUGUGAAGUCAAUUUAUGAUCUUUGGUACUUAUGUUCUGACCUCGUGUUUGUGAUUUUGUUUCCUCAAUUAUUGUGCGUUAUUCACUUUAAAACGUACUGCAACACUUAUGGAUCAUUAGCCGCAUACAUUCUAGGCUUUUCGCUUCGAGUUUUGGGUGGAGAGAAAAUUAUUGGACUUCGACCUGUUAUUCACUACCCAUUCUUUGAUGAAGCCAUUGGUCAGCGCUUUCCCUUUAAAACUUUAUCUAUGUUGGUCAGUCUGGUGACCUUGUUGGUAAUCUCAGCCUUCUCCAAGUGGAUAUUUGAAAUGAACUACCUUCCAGCGAAACUGGACAUCUUUCGCUGUGUAAUUAACUUUCCAGAGAGCACCAAGAAAACGCAAGGCCCAAAACAGGGGGAAGAGUUGGUUCUUGAAAGCAAUGUAAAAAAGAUGAUUGGUAAAAUUAACCAAGCUGUAGAACCCGAAAUCUAAAAGGUGAAUAUUUUUGACAAUACUGAGAAAAAGUAUCAGACUUAAUUGGAACUUGAAGAGUAACUGGUGGUAACUUGUAUCUUGUUAUGUCGAAACGAGGACUGAUACUCUUGAAGUUCUACAUUUUCAACGAUACAUAUAUUGGUUUCGAAUAUUUAAAAACAUUUA